CAGCGUCCCGUGGGCCGUGGCAUUUUGCUUACCUAUAGUCGUAGUUUUGGCUUGGCGAAUGCUGGAUUGCUGGUUUCUCCCUCUCCGCGCGACUGUACCAGCUAUAUAUGCAUCAGAUCAGUAGUGUAUAGUAGCCUAGGCAGACCUACGGCACGGAAGAUUAUAUCCAAAAAUUUCCCCGGAAUUCACUUCAUAGUUCAUAUACCUUUCAUACCAGCAGAGUAAAGUCAGUGCAGAACCAGAAGCCGAGACAAGUGGUAACGCGUAUCACGCAUAGGCCAGGGCUACACGACGCACACAGUUUGCAUCUAGUUCUCGAAAUAACUUGAAUUUUACGUUAAUUCUUCAAAAUUGUGCUUCACGAAUAGAAGAAGGUGCUAAAGACUCAACGAUAUAAGCAGUGAACAUUAAGUUUUUAUCAAAACAAACGUGAAAAAUGUCGGACGAAAAGAAGGAUUCGAAAGAAUCGGAACAUAUAAACUUGAAGGUCCUAGGACAGGACAACGGCGUAGUACAAUUCAAAAUAAAGAAACACACGCCUCUCAGGAAAUUGAUGAACGCGUAUUGUGACAGAGCGGGACUUGCAAUUGCUGCAGUGCGAUUCCGGUUUGAUGGUCAACCUAUUCAUGAACUGGAUACACCUUCGACGUUAGAGAUGGAAGAGGGCGAUACAAUAGAAGUGUAUCAGCAACAAACAGGCGGUGGACUAUGAUUUAAUAUUUCAUUAUUUUUAUAAAGAUUACAAUAUAAAAUCCUUAAUUUCCAAACUUCGAUACUUUCACUAAGUAGAUAAGUUUUUUAUCUUUCCAUCGUAGUGUAGAAUUAAGAUUUAAGAUUAAAUAAAAUCAGAUUUUCUAUAGUUUUA